ACACGCACUGACCAUUGAUGAAGAGAGAGAGGAGCAUUAGUUUCGAACUAGUCGCUCGGAACGAUCCUCCACGGACCUAGCAAAUGGCAGCGUUCCAAUCGUUUGCGGUGUGUCUGCUACUGGUGCUCUUUUCCAGAGCUCGAGCGUCGGAAUCGCCACAUCCGGAAGAGCAACCGGAAGUGCACAAUGUCACCGAUCCGUACUCGCAAAUCACCUUCUAUUUGUUUACCAGGUUCAACCCCUCGGUGGCUAAUCAAAUUUACGUUGGAGACCUAAACGGUGCCAACUUCGACCCUGCAAAAUCGACCAAAUUUUUGGUCCACGGCUUUGCGGCGCAAGCCUUUAAUUCGUGGCCGCUUGACAUGAAAGACGCCUUUCUCGCCUUGGAGGAUUGCAACGUGAUCACCGUGGACUGGGCCGGAUUGGCCGCCGCCCCGGACUACGUGGCCGCCCGGGCGAACGCUCGACCCACCGGCGAGUACCUGGCCGAGAUGUACUUCUUUUUGGAGGGCCUGGGUUUGAGCUUCGACUCGAUGCACUGCGUCGGCAAGAGCUUGGGAUGCCACGUGUGCGGAUUCAGCGGCAAAGCUGUUCUUAACGAGACCCUAAAUUUAAUUGGCCGCAUUUCCGGUAUGGAUCCCGCACUGCCUCUGUUUGAUAUCGACCGUCCGGAGAACCGACUGUCCAUCGAGGACGCCGCCCUGGUCGACAUCAUGCACACCUGCGGUGGAGUCCUCGGGUUCGAGAAACCCCUCGGCCACAUCGAUUUCUUCCCCAACGGGGGCGUGCCCGUGCAGCCCGGAUGCAGCCCUGACAUAACCGGAAAUUGCAGCCACAGCCGGGCGGAAUCUUUCUACAUCGAGUCGAUCCCGCUGAAUAAUUUCCGAGCCGUGCAGUGCGAGAGUUGGGAGCUCUACUUGACGGGCGCCUGUGUCGAUAAUCCGUUCACUUUUAUGGGCUACUUGUUUGAUUUCAGCUUGACCGGCAACUUCUUCCUCGAGACUGCCAGCGAGGCUCCGUUUGCUCUCGGGUGAAAAUUGGAAAGAAAUCAGCCGAAUCGACAACAAAGAUUGAUGAUAUAAUUUGAAAAGUGAUAUAAAUUAAUAAACAAAUUUUUUAAUGAAA